UCAAACCUCAAAACAUGCUUUUUUCCACGAAAAAAAUGGCUCAAGGAAAGUUGAAAGUAAAAUCCAAACCUGCGGCAAACCAGAAAAAAGCGGCCGCUCAAAAGAAAGGAACGGCGUUCAGCAAGCGGAAAAAUGCCCCGAUUCAGUCGAAGAAACACAAGUUCCAGGAGGACCACAAGCUGAAACAGGCAAUCACGCGAACGGUGAACAAGAAGAACGAGGAGGACAUCCGCAAGGUAGCCUACGAAGGGCAGACGAAACUGAGCCAGGCACAAAUUGCCGUGCAGGAACAUCAUCGAAAACAGGCCCAACUUCAGUCAUCAUCAGAGGCGGGAUCAUCAAUGGGUUAGCGUUUCACCGAGGAACGCAACUCAAUAAGAAUAUUUGUUUCAAACGGAAUGCCGCUUUAUUUGUAAUAAAAUCUAUAUCCUACCUCUAAAUAGAUCCGUGUUGGGUUG